GAGUGUGUGUGCGCGCGCGUGUGUGUUAAAAAAGAUGUAAAAGAUGGCGGAGCUACAGAUGCUCCUGGAGGAAGAAAUUCCUGCCGGACGGAGAGCUUUGCUGGACAGUUUCACCAACCUUGAAAGAGUCGCUGAAUACUGCGAAAGUAAUUACGUGCAGUCUCAAGAUAAGCACAGAGCACUAGAAGAAACAAAAAACUACACAACUCAGUCUCUGGCCAGUGUUGCCUACCUGAUCAACACACUCGCAAAUAAUGUGCUGCAGAUGCUGGAUAUCCAGGCGUCACAGCUACGCCGGAUGGAGUCCUCAAUCAACCACAUCUCGCAGACAGUGGAUAUACACAAGGAAAAGGUAGCAAGAAGGGAGAUUGGCAUCCUGACAACCAAUAAAAACACCUCUCGCACCCACAAAAUUAUCGCUCCAGCCAAUCCUGAGCGUCCGGUGCGUUACAUACGGAAACCUAUCGACUACAAUGUGCUGGAUGAUAUUGGCCAUGGAGUAAAGGUUGGGAAUCAAAGCAUGAAGAUGGGGGGUCUUCCUCGGACCACCCCUCCAACACAAAAACCUCCGAGCCCUCCAAUGCCUGGAAAGGGAACCAUAGGGAGACACUCUCCAUAUAGGACACUGGAACCAGUGCGUCCCCCUGUGGUUCCUAAUGACUAUGUUCCCAGUCCCACACGCAACAUGGCACCUGGGCAGCAGCAGAGUCCUGUGCGCACUGCGUCACUGAACCAGAGGAACCGUACCUAUAGUGGGAGUAGCGGGGGCAGCCAUCCAAGCAGUCGCAGCAGCAGUCGGGAAAACAGUGGGAGUGGCAGUGUGGGAGUGCCAAUCGCUGUGCCCACCCCCUCUCCCCCUAAUGCAUAUCCAGGCACUGCCCCUCAGUUCUACAGUAUGAACAGACCUGUACCCAGACAGAUCACGCCCCCUGUUGGUGGCUCUCUGCCUUACCGCCGUACACCCUCUGUCAGCAGCCAGUCCUCUAUGUCUGCCAGUCAGCAGAAUGGAGGACCACACUACAACCAGGGCCAAGUGGCACUUCCUCCCCCCUCCAUCCUGCAGAUUACUCCUCAGCUUCCUCUCACAGGCUUCGUGGCUCGAGUUCAGGAGACCAUUUCAGAUGCUCCACCUCCACCUCCUCCUACAGAAGAGAGUAUGUUUCAAGAAGUGCAGCCUCCUCCUCCACCUCUGGAGGAUUAUGAAGAAGAGUCCUCAGUAGUGGAAUACAGUGACCCGUAUGCUGAGGAAGACCCGCCUUGGGCUCCAUGUGCUUACUUAGAGAAAGUGGUGGCGAUCUAUGACUACACACAAGACAAAGAGGAUGAACUGUCAUUCCAGGAAGGGGCAAUCAUCUACGUUAUUAAGAAGAAUGAUGAUGGUUGGUAUGAGGGUGUGAUUAAUGGCUCUACUGGACUUUUCCCUGGUAACUACGUGGAGUCCAUCAUGCACUACACAGAGUGAUGCUUGAACCAGUGCAGUCAGCACUAAAGCUAACACACAUGGGUACAGCACAGACAGCCGUUACAGCAGAUUUCAGGCAUAUUCAGAUAUUCAGGCAGGACUAAUUGUCAUUUGUGAGAAGAGCAAACUUCAGUGGAAGGAAAAAUUAAAGUGGACAUGUUGGCUUUUCAGAAAGGAAGGCUUGCAAUAUUAGAGUAUUAUAAGAUGUACUAACAAUAAAAUCUCGUUACUCUUUUGUUUGAUGAAGUAUCUGGAGCAGAACCACUAUUUUUUGAAGAAGAAAAUAUAUGAAGUAGUUUUGUGAUUUGAAGACAAUAUUCAUAUUCUAAAGCUGGCAUUGGUUAACCAAACUGAAUAAGCUGUGUCUAAUUUUUUUACAUAACAUGUCUAUUUUAUUCUCAGCAGAUGUCCUGAAAAUGUUAUGAAGACUAUGGGUUUACAGGGGUUUUAGUGAAAAGGGGAAAACACUACACCCAUUCUGCAGGAGUUCAGUCAAGGUUCAACAGACUGUUCUAGCAUAAUUAAUGGAAGGAUGACAGGAUAUAUUUAGUUCAUACAUUUGGAAAUGACUUUAAUGUGUGUACUAAUGGAUUUAAUCCUUAAGCAGGGACUAGUUAUAUGAUAGGACUUUGAUGGCCUCAUAUGGCAUUUAACUCCCCGAGCUGCCAUUUGACGUAACUAGAUGUUAGGUAAUAUUGUAACCCAGGAUACAGAGUACGGCAACUUAGAGUCUUAAAUACAUUUAAUACAGUCUUGUAAUAAGAACAAUUAGUUCGAGGUAGAAGCAAAGGUGAAAUGAUGAACAAAUUUUCCUAAUUUGCAGAACGUUCCUCUGGGGCGAGUUAAUAUUGAACAGUUUGAGAGUCUGAUCUGAACAGUGUUUUUCCCUGAACAGUGUUACAUUAGGCAGAUUACAGUUGCAUCUCAGCAGCAAAAUGCACCAUGGUGAAAAAAUCAUAUCCCUAAAGCAUUCAGUAUGUUAGAGUUCAACACAGUUUUUCCCUUAACGUUGUUUAAUCAUAUUUAUACAUAUUAUGUACUGAAGCUAACAAGCUAGCCAGUUUGAGUUUUGAUAUGAUGUGUAGGGCUACAUAAGUUGCAUGCUCAAUAAAAUAAUCAUAUUUUUAAUCUUAACAUUCUUUUUUUUUUAUACCUUUAAGUUUAAUUAUUUAGUUAAUUUAUCAGCAAUAGUUUAUGCUUUUGCUAAGAAUUUCCACAGAGUGAUUUUGCAUUCGGGUGCCAACAAAGUGUCUUUAAACAUCUUCCUAUGCCAUAAUGUAACAUUGAAAUGGUUAUGUAACGCUUGACAAUUCUGCUCAACAUUAAUAAUUCAUCCCGUUUAACUUUUUGAAAAGAUUUUGCUUUUGUUUAACUCUAAAUUACAGCAGGGAUGAGUAAUGUUCCCAUGCCAUGAAGUUCAGAUUGUGUAUAUAAAUCUAAGAGUAUGAACAAGGUUGAGGAGCAAUAAAAUGGCAGCACAGUUCUCUUCUUUACAAGGACUUGCAAUAAUACCUGGUGAAAUGAUGUGUUUAAAGAUGUUCAUUUUAUAUUUGCUCAGUAAUGAAAGCACAUAGUUUGGCAGCUGGGAUGAAAACUGCUUUGUUUUUGCAGGCAGGCAUAUUAAUAGUAAAAGUAAACAUAUAAGAUGGAACUGUUACUGUCUUAAAACUGAACUCAACAGCUGAAUGAAAACUAAGGCUCAGUUUAGUUGUUUGCAGUAUUUUUGCUAGAGAUUUCCAGAACUUACAGUUGUGCAUGGACUGCAGGUAUAUAUAAAUAACUAUCUAUAUCUAUCUCAUAUAUAUAUAUAGGGAGUGCAGAAUUAUUAGGGAAGUUGUAUUUUUGAGGAUUAAUUUUAUUAUUGAACAACCAUGUUCUCAAUGAACCCAAAAAACUCAUUAAUAGCAAAGCUGAAUAUUUUUGGAAGUAGUUUUUAGUUUGUUUGUAGUUUUAGCUAUUUUAGGAGGAUAUCUGUGUGUGCAGGUGACUAUUACUGUGCAUAAUUAUUAGGCAACUUAACAAAAAACAAAUAUAUACCCAUUUCAAUUAUUUAUUUUCACCAGUGAAACCAAUAUUACAUCUCAACAUUCACUAAUAUACAUUUCUGACAUUCAAAAACAAAACAAAAACAAAUCAGUGACCAAUAUAGCCACCUUUCUUUGCAAGGACACUCAAAAGCCUGCCAUCCAUGGAUUCUGUCAGUGUUUUGAUCUGUUCACCGUCAACAUUGCGUGCAGCAGCAACCACAGCCUCCCAGACACUCUUCAGAGAGGUGUACUGUUUUCCCUCCUUGUAAAUCUCACAUUUGAUGAUGGACCACAGGUUCUCUAUGGGGUUCAGAUCAGGUGAACAAGGAGGCCAUGUCAUUAGUUUUUCUUCUUUUAGACCCUUUCUUGCCAGCCACGCUGUGGAGUACUUGGACGCGUGUGAUGGAGCAUUGUCCUGCAUGAAAAUCAUGUUUUUCUUGAAGGAUGCAGACUUCUUCCUGUACCACUGCUUGAAGAAGGUGUCUUCCAGAAACUGGCAGUAGGACUGGGAGUUGAGCUUGACCCCAUCCUCAACCCGAAAAGGCCCCACAAGCUCAUCUUUGAUGAUACCAGCCCAAACCAGUACUCCACCUCCACCUUGCUGGCGUCUCAGUCGGACUGGAGCUCUCUGCCCUUUACCGAUCCAGCCACGAGCCCAUCCAUCUGGCCCAUCAAGACUCACUCUCAUUUCAUCAGUCCAUAAAACCUUAGAAAAAUCAGUCUUCAGAUAUUUCUUGGCCCAGUCUUGACGUUUCAGCUUGUGUGUCUUGUUCAGUGGUGGUCGUUUUUCAGCCUUUCUUACCUUGGCCAUGUCUCUGAGUAUUGCACACCUUGUGCUUUUGGGCACUCCAGUGAUGUUGCAGCUCUGAAAUAUGGCAAAACUGGUGGCAAGUGGCAUCUUGGCAGCUGCACGCUUGACUUUUCUCAGUUCAUGGGCAGUUAUUUUGCGCCUUGGUUUUUCCACACGCUUCUUGCGACCCUGUUGACUAUUUUGAAUGAAACGCUUGAUUGUUCGAUGAUCACGCUUCAGAAGCUUGGCAAUUUUAAGAGUGCUGCAUCCCUCUCACUAUUUUUGACUUUUCGGAGCCUGUCAAGUCCUUCUUUUGACCCAUUUUGCCAAAGGAAAGGAAGUUGCCUAAUAAUUAUGCACACCUGAUAUAGGGUGUAGAUGUCAUUAGACCACACCCCUUCUCAUUACAGAGAUGCACAUCACCUAAUAUGCUUAAUUGGUUGUAGGCUUUCGAGCCUAUACAGCUUGGAGUAAGACAACAUGCAUAAAGAGGAUGAUGUGGUCAAAAUACUCAUUUGCCUAAUAAUUCUGCACUCCCUGUAUAUAUAUAUAUAUAUUUAUAUAUAUAUAUAUAUAAAUAUAUAUAAAAAUUUCUAUUUCCAUGUGUGUGAGUGCAACUGUGCCGGUGCAACUGUGUUAGUGUGCUACAGUUUUCCUUUAAAAUUAACUGUUUAUAAAGUGAAUGAAUUUGGUAUUUGCAUGCUGCUGUUCUGUGUACAUUUCUUCACAUGUAUCAUGCUGUUUUAGGACCUUUGUCACUUUCACUUGGGCAGCAAUUUAUUUGCUCUGAAGCUAAAACACUAAUGCACAAGUGUGAUGAAAGUCACAAACAGCACUUAACGCAAACCUGUAAAAUGGGACCACUUAACAUUAUAGCUCACUAUUUGGAGGCAUCCAGACCAAAAAAGACAAGAGCAAACUCAGAUGGAUUAACUGUAUGACAAUAAAACCAUUGGAUCUGAUCA